ACCUGGUGGUCAGCUUUGGUACUUCCUGAGCUCAGAUGAAGAUGGCGACGGGAGUCCUUCAGAAAGUCUGCAGGGGGGUUGGUCCGGCCAAGAAUGGGGCGCACACAGCCGGACAGCACGUAUUUUGGGUCAGAGGCUUCACAGCAUCCAGCCACGCGUGCAGUGAGGACAGCUGGUUCAAAUCCCUGUUUGUCAGGAAAGUAGAUCCCAGAAAAGACGCACACGCCAACCUCCUGACCAAAAACGAGGAGAGCAACCUCUACAAAAUUCAGUUCCAUAAUGUCAAACCUGAGUGCCUGGAUGCGUACAACAAACUUUGCGAGGACGUUUUGCCAACCAUUCAUGCUGAUAAGUACUACCCCUGUGAGCUGGUGGGAACCUGGAAUACCUGGUAUGGAGAACAAGACCAGGCUGUCCAUCUGUGGCGUUACAGAGGAGGAUAUCCAGCCCUAACAGAAGUGAUGAACAAACUCAGACAGAACAAGGAGUUCACUGCCUACAGGAAGGAGCGAGGAAAGAUGCUGCUGUCCCGCAGGAAUCAGCUUCUGCUGGAGUUCAGCUUCUGGAAUGAGCCUGUUCCCAGAGAAGGACCCAACAUCUAUGAGCUCAGGUCUUACCAGCUCAGGCCAGGAACCAUGAUCGAGUGGGGUAAUUACUGGGCCCGAGGGAUCCGUCACCGGCAGCGUAACAAAGAGGCGGUCGGAGGCUUUUUCUCACAGAUCGGUGAUCUCUACAUGGUCCAUCACCUCUGGGCUUAUGAAGACCUGCAGUCCCGUGAAGAGACGAGAAACGGCGCCUGGCACCAGGAGGGCUGGCAUGAGGCUGUGUAUUACACAGUGCCUCUCAUACAGCACAUGGAGUCUCGGAUCAUGAUCCCGCUGAAGGCCUCGCCGCUGCAGUGAGGCGUGUGGAAAAUCCAGCUGCACCCCUGAGAAUGUUACAGCCACGCAGCAGAGUGUGGGCGUCACGGGUUCCACCUCCUGUCAUUGCUGCUAAACGUACUUUUCCCUUCUCCUUUUUCUUCCCGAUGCCAUUUAGACAUCGCUAAGACGUUUAUCUGUGGUUUUAAUUCAUUCCUGAAGGGUAGCGAGCUCUGUGCAUUCCACGUUUUGGAACAGGAUGAAUACUUUUGGCCCAAUUAAAACCUCCUGACGGCCAUAGAGCACAUCAUGUGGCGUCAGAUUAAAACAGGGCCUUUAAGAGAAAUCGUUUUUAAAUUAAGAGCGAACCAAAGUUACUUGAAAGAGGCGGCAGCUAUGUGGUAAAUGUGGGAUCAGAAAAGGGGGAAAAGUACAUUGUUUACUGCAGUAGCCAUUUAUUUAUUUAUUUAUGCAGAUUUAAAUAUAUUAAUUUGACAAAAAGUCCUUUUCUUUGCCAACUGUGACGUGGUGCACAAAGUGGGUGUCAUACUUUUAGAUGUGCAAACUGCUGAGUUUCUCCCUGUGUGGUUUUAGUUCUGUAUGCCCCGUAUGAUCCUGCUUCAUGGCGCCGUGUUGGUAACCGCUUCCACCUUUCCUCUUGUGAAACAAGCAUGCCGGGUUUCAAACAUCCGUUUUUAAAAGUCCAGUCAUUUCCGUUGGAAGCAUGAAUUCUGACAGAAGACAGCCAGUCCUGCUCUUUAACUGUAAUCAAUGGAUGGAACCACAUGAUAUUUCUGUUAUUGCAGGAACAAUGUAACAGAAGACACAAUGGUAGAAAAUUAAACGUUCAUCUUGGG